UGCUUCCUUCCAAUCCCGUGAUUCUAUCAAUGACGUCGUGAUGAAAUCACAAAACCAUCAAACGGAGGCAGUAGAGAGGGAGAGUAGGAGAGAGAGUGUGAAUUAGAGGGUGGAACAUGAGGGAAGUAACUAACGGGUACCAACCACGCCUACCAAACGGCCACUCUCACUCGUAGUAUAUAUACCCCUCUUGUCCUCCCCAAUCUCUCUUCUUCUUCCAUCAUCAAACAACUCCUACUACCAACUUCAACAAUCAACAACCACUUCUACUCUUUUCCAAACCAAAACCAACCACCAACCCCAAACCUCAAAAUGUCUGCUCCCAACGCCAACAAGCCUAACGAGGGCAUCAUCGGCCAGAUCUCCAACUCUGCCCAGAACGCCGUCAACUACGUCUCUGAGACCAUCCAGGGUACCUCCGCUGAGGCUUCCAAGGAGGCCAACAAGGAGCAGGCCAAGGGCAACAUCCCCGGCCAGGACUCCAUCGGCGACCGCGUCUCUGGCGCUCUCGGUGCCGGCUCCGACAAGCUCGACCAGCACAAGCACGAGGGUGCUGCCUCUGCCAACAAGCACUCCAUCUAAGCGAUGACCUCUCCAUCAACACAUUGCUCCUUCUAAAUCGCCAACUCUUCAACUCCUUUGUACUCGAAUCGAAACAUCAAAUACCCCUACUUCACGAUCAACGACUACGACUACAUUCAUGAGUACUCGAUUGCAGACUAUCACGGAAUAAUGCCACUGGCUCUGGAGGUGGAAGGAAACUUUAUACCUAUCAAUCCAGUAUAAUAAUUCAAUUCAAAUAACUUCAAAC